AUGACAAAAGGAACGUCAUCCUUUGGAAAGCAUCGCAAUAAGACACAGAUGCUGUGCUGCCGCUGUGGCUCGAAGGCCUACCACUUUCAGAAGUCCACCUGUGGCAAAUGUGGCUACCCCGCCAAGCCCAAGAGACAGUAUAAUUGGAGUGCCAAGGGUAAGAGGCGAAACACUACCGGGACUGGACGGAUGGGGCACCUAAAAAUUGUCUAUCGAAGAUUCAGACAUGGAUUCCGUGAAGGGACGACACCUAAACCCAAGAGGUCAGCUGUUGCAGCAUCCAGUUUAUCUUGAGGAUUUCAGUCAGUUAUAAAA